CCCCUUGUGAAGCCAACACAUUCUUUUGCCACAGUAAUAUGUGUAUUAACGACACAUUGGUCUGCAAUGGACUCCAGAAUUGUGUGUAUCCUUGGGAUGAAAACCACUGCAAAGAAAAAAGAAAAGCUAACCUAUUGGACCAACUUACCAAUACCAGUGGGACUAUAAUUGGGGUGACUUCUUGCAUUGUGAUCAUCCUCAUUGUUAUCUCUGUUAUAGUACAGAUCAAGCAGCCUCGUAAAAAAUUUGUCCAAAGGAAAACAGACUUUGAUCAAACAGUGUUCCAGGAGGUGUUUGAGCCUCCUCAUUAUGAGUUAUGCACCCUCAGAGGGACAGGGACUACAGCUGACCUUGCUGAUGUUGCAGAUGACUUUGAAAAUUAUCAUAAACUGCGGAGAUCAUCUUCAAAAUGCAUUCAUGACCAUCACUGUGGAUCACAAGUGUCUAGCAUUAAAGGCAGCCGUAGUAACCUCAGCACAAGAGAUGCUUCUGUCUUGACAGAAAUACAACCCCAGCCUGUAAAACCACUCAUUCAGCCCAUGAACAGGAGAAAUAUCCUUGUCAUGAAGCAUAGCUACUCACAAGAUGCUGCAGACGCGUGUGAGAUAGACGAAAUUGAAGAGGUACCAACCACAAGUCACAGGCUGUCCAGACAUGACAAAGCUGUUCAGCGGUUCUGCCUCAUUGGGUCUCUAAGCAAACAUGAGUCUGAGUACAACACAACUAGGGUCUAAGAGACAAACCUGAGACUGCUUGAGAAUAGUGCGCUCCUGGGUGAUUUUGAACAUGCUACAAUGAAAUGUGAAACUAUCGUCCUUGGAAACACCAGCUAGAGGUUUUAUGGACUCUCUGACCAGCUAUUCUCAUAUCAUGACAAAAUUCAGCAUACAGUGUUGAGUAAAAUUACUAGAAGGCAAUAAGACUUUGGUUAUUAUGCUUAUUGGUCAUCUCUUUUUUUCUUUUUCUCUCUUCUUUUUGUUACAAGUUAAAUUCCCAAUUUCAGGAACAAUUUAUUGAAAUCAGGUAUUUAGCCAUUCAUAAUCACUUCAAUAGAAAUGUUUGUUGGAUAAGCAUCUAGCAAUAUGACUGAAUUUGACAUUGAGAAAAUAAUCUGCAUGUAUGUUACUGAAUAUUUGAGUUGGCAAAAAUCCCUUUAUUAGAUACAUUGUAAAAAGCAUGCAUUCACAAUUAUUGCUGUUAUUGUUCCAUUUCUGUGUCAUAUGCUUGCUACUUGUAACUUUUUAUAUAAAGAUACAUAAAACAAUGUAUAAUAA